AUGUCUACCAUGUUGUCAAACGAGGCUCAACUGCGUUACAUGAUAGAAUGGUUUCAAGAAUGGUCCGAAAUGCAGCGGAACGACUUUCUUGGCGUGUUACUGGAGAAUUGCGGUCCUUCGGGGCUGGUGAAUGGACUGGUGGCUGGAAUGGAGAAGUUGGAUUGCGAAGGGUCUGACAGGCCUCCAAGUUUGUUUCAGUGUCGCGUUAAGCUCUUUAGAGAGUGGAGUAGCAAUUGGUCACAAUGCGAGAAAGAUUCUUUGCUGGCAGCUAUUAAGAAUACAGAUAGUAAGUUUGCUGAAAAGUAUGAAGAAAGAUUAUCGUCAUUGACGGAAGAUAAACAGUAA